ACGAUGAGCGGGAGCGAGCUGGAAUCGGGAGCGCCGGGAAGUCGGGAGAUGCCAGCUUGACUUGUUGAUCAGACCAGUGCCGUGGCCGCAUGUUCUGUUGAUGCGUACGGGACGCACCAUCGUUGGCAGCAUCCGCGGCGUCAUUGGUUCCACCACCCCACCACACCACCACACCACCACACCACCGCCGCGUCGCCAGCCUCCCUCCCUUAGAAGCUUGCUCUUCCUCCCACUCCCACCUCAACCUCCCCCGUCACCCGCAGUGACGCGUCACAGCGCCACCGACCGCGGAAUGCUUCGCGGGUGUGCAGUGACGCGUGACGCGCGGCGCAAGCAAAGAGUAUAAAGGAGUACCAGCUGCGCCGGCAGCGUACUUGUGAGGUCUGCAGCUGGCAGACGCGUCUGUCACAUUACAGUGUGAUGAGG